UUUCAUUCAGCUCAGCCUUGUUUUGAUUUUUAUUUUUGUUUCGCGUUGAAAUCCCAAUUUUGGUGCAUUGACAUCAAACAAUUGCGAUAUUACAUCACUUUUCACUCAACAAGAACGCUGACGUCGCGAGCUCCAUCUCCUCAUCCAUCCACCAUGACUUCCACGCUUUGCCAAGUUUGCUACGAAGAGACCUUCACCUCCAUGUCGUCGUGCUGCGGUCGCGCUUGUGAGACUUGCAUGUGGAAGAUGUUCACCACCACCAUCAAGAACACCCAUGCAGGCUAUAUUCUUCUGACCUGCCCUGCUUGUGGCGAUGCCGUGACGGACGAGGUUGCGGGCGAGCUGCUCGCGUAUGAUGUCUUUGAGCGUCUGCAAGCAAACCGCCAAACCCAGCUGGUCAAGAUGGAAUACGUCUCGUGUGCUUGGUGCAAUGCUGAGUUCGAUGUCACCAAGGCACAGACGUGGGCCGAUGACAUGUUUGUCGGAGUGAGUCGCGAGCGCCCAACCGACCGCCGCGACUGUGUAAUGUGCCCGGAAUGCAAGCAGGACGUGUGCCGUGGAUGCGGCUCUCGCUACGAAUUUCACGCAGGCGUGAGCUGCACAAACUAUCUGACGUGGGCGGUCGAGAAUCAGGGCGAGUGGGAGACUUCUCGGGCCAAAAACUUUGACUUUUACUUUUCGUUGCGCGAGAGCAAUCCGUACCAAGCAGAGAUGCAAGGUAGCAUUGUCAGCAAGCAACGAGAUAUGCGCGAUUCUCUCCACAUGAUCCACGGAUCCACAAAGCCUUGCCCGGAUUGCAGCAUUCGCAUUGAGAAGAAUGGCGGGUGCAACCACCACACGCACCAUUGCCACGGGGCUACCACUGCCUCCCACUUUUGCUGGGAGUGCCUGGACCGCCAUGCAGACGGCACGGUUAUUGCCAACGGCGUUCGAUGUGCCCAUGGCAUUACCCGGUACUGGGCACAGUUUGCCGUGGCGCGUGCUGUGUAACAUGUCCAGGUUGUUAGUUUUAGUUAGUUUGUUAGUUUUCACAACAGGGGAUUUUCCCCAUGUAUAUAAUCUUAAUUAAAUUCAUCCCAUCACGCAA